GGAUAGAGGAACGAGAGAACAUUCUUGGUCCAGGAGUAAGGAAGGAGCAGAAAAUAUGGGACCUGCUUACCUCCACAACACUGUCAGAGCUUAAACAGAUAUGGCUGAGAAGGCCUUCCCGUGCAGUGAUGUGCUUCUGAGGCUAAUAGCCCUUCUUCAAAGAUACAAAAAGCAGAAUCAUCCUUUGAAUGAGUGAACUGACCAUUGUGGAGAACCUUUGGCCAAGUGAAGGAUUCCUAAUGAACAUUUCCACUGGAGCUAGAAGGGACACUGAAGUGGCGGAAAUGACUGUUGCCACAGCUCUCCGUUGGCUGUUCCUUAUGUCUGUUAUAAUUCUGACCAUAGGCGGCAAUGUGCUGGUGUGCUUGGCUGUGGGGCUCAGCCGACGAUUGUGGCGAACAGCUAACUGCUUCGUGGUGUCGCUGGCGGUUGCAGAUCUCCUGCUGGGCAUGUUGGUGCUACCCCUGUCUGCCACGCUGGAGCUGCGCAGCAGUAAAUGGCCUUUCGGAGGAACCUUGUGUAACAUCUACAUCUCAAUGGAUGUUAUGCUGUGUACGUGCUCCAUCCUGACCCUCUUGGCAAUCAGUGUCAACCGUUACCUGGCCAUUUCAUCGCCCCUGAGCCACUCCCAAAGAGUCACCCCUCAAAGGGUGACACUUGCCAUCAUUUCCAUCUGGGUGCUGUCAUUGGCUGUGGCUUUUUUGCCCAUCCACCUGGGCUGGAACACAGCAGACUACGCGGUGCAAAACUUGGACUGGGAAUUCGGCGAUGAGGGCACUGAUAAAGGACGCUACUGCCAGUUCGAAUGGAACAACAACUACGUCAUUAUUUAUGCCUUUGGCACGUUUUACUUGCCACUGCUGGUUAUGUGCGGAAUGUACCUUUGCAUUUUCAGGGUGGCUCGUGAACAGGUUAAACGCAUCCGUGCCACCAUUCCUUCAUUUGCACGCUCGGCGACUGCUGCCAUUGCCCGCGAGCACAAGGCUACCGUCACCCUGGCAGCUGUCCUUGGUGCGUUUAUCGUCUGCUGGUUUCCCUACUUCAGCUACUUCACCUGCAUGGGUGUAAAGGAAAAGACAAACCCACCUAACACGCUCCACUCGGUAGUCCUGUGGCUCGGAUAUUUGAACUCCACCCUCAAUCCCAUCCUCUAUCCGGCGUUCAACCGGGACUUCCGUCGAGCCUAUGGGGAGUUGCUUCGCUGCCGAGGACCAUCGCGCAGAGCACUGUGGCUUACACGUGUGACUCUGCACAAGCGGUUGAGCUUUUUUAAUCUGUUCGGGGUCGCCCAAAAGUCUAAGAAAAAUACGUCUGCGGUGAUGACAGAAAGUGAGAAGACCCUACCCUGCAAUGAGAGACAUUGCCCCGACCAGUCAAGGGGCAGACUCAUUGGGGGAUUCUCUUUAACUGACUGAACACAUAUCGUGGAUCCAAAUCUACGAAGCUGCUCCUAGCACCAGUUUGGCUGACUAUUCACCCAUAAGAUUGUCACUUUUGUCACUUUCAGCGCUUAUAAUUCAAGAAACAACACCAUGGAUGUCGCGUGAGGGAUUAUAGGUAGAGGUCAAGCUAAAUGCAAAAUCUAAGCUCUACUUUGAAAAGUCAUCCCAAUAUUUAUUUCUGAACUAUGAGCAUUUGUUAGUUAUAAUUUAAUAUUAUGUACCUGUCAUUUAAUUUAAUGUAUCUCUGUUCAGUAUGUAACUUUGCUGCCUCUUGGCCAGGACUCCCUUGAAAAAGAGGUUUUUAAU